AUGACGGCUUCUCCAGGCAUGCGGGCGAAUAGAAUUGUACUGCACAUCCUUCUUGUGGUGCUAUCUCUGGAUAUCUGUCAGGUUUAUGGAAAUGUGACUAUGAACUGUACUGUUGAACUUCGUGUUACAAGAGGUGACAAAUAUGAGGGAAAACCUGGGGACUCCCUCAGUAUAAAGUGUCCAGUAAAGUACUGCACAGAAAAGCCGGCCAUGAACUGGUGCAAGAUAGAGGGGACGGACUGCUUACGUCUGGAAGAUGAGCCAACCACAUACAUAACCUGGAAAGAAGGGAAUGUGUUUGUUCUGAACUUUGCACCUCUUCAUCGGAACAACAGUGGAUUCUAUCAUUGUCAAGCUACUUUGGGCAGAUUAAGGAGUCAGAGCCAUAGAGUAGUAGUUAUUGUUCAAGAAGUGACUCCAAAUGCCCCCACAAAUCCACCAUCAAAGGAAUUUGCAGGUGCCACUAAUGUCACAGAAGCUCCUCAAGGACCUAGCAACAACAAUAAGAAGUGGAUUAUUUAUGCCCUACCAUCUCUGGGGGCAUUGUGUCUCCUCAUCCUUAUCUGCUUAUGCCUGUUGUGUUGUCUGCGGUGGCACCAAGUGAAACCCAAGACAACCCCAGUAACCUCACAGAAGGAAAUGAACACGGUCAGCAGAUCUACAUGUGCUCCAUACCACACCGAUAGGACCACGCAUGCCCCCAAUGAAGGAUCUACACUUUACUAUUGCUCCAUGGCUAGCCUGCAGCAGCCAUUGGAUGACAGCACAAUUUAUGAUAAUCAUGUCCCUCACUGGAAUGGUAGCAGGGCAGCAACUGACAACGCCUGUGACAGCGCAGCUGUUGAUUCCUACCAGCCCUCAUCUGAGAGCGAAGAUGUCCUUGUUUAUGCUUCACUAAACCAUUCUAGUAUUCUAGAUAAGCUCCCGAGAAAGGAGCAGGAUGUGGAAAUUGAACUUACAGAAUACGCCACUGUUUGUGUGAAGAAAUAG